AUCUAACCUAAAUGCAGCGAUGUUAAAUAACCAACAUAUCAUUGAUGACACAUGCAUCAUCCGUCACUAGAGGUUAUUAAAGUCACACUGAGAAGAAAAUAUUAAUAAUUUCGUUCUUUUUCUUUAUUGUAAACAGAAUGUUUCCUUAUAAAGAGUUCCAAGCAGUUGUGCUUGCCGCUGGAGGAGGUUCCCGUAUGACUGAGCUUACUCGAAGUCAAUAUAAAUGUUUGUUGCCAAUUGGAAAUGUACCAAUGCUCUGGUAUCCUCUUCAAUUAUUAGAACGUGUUGGUUUUAAAGAAGCUAUUGUUAUUAUAUCUGAAUAUAUGGAACGCAAUGUUUCCUUAGCCCUAAGUGACUUGAAUCUCAAAAUUAAAACAGAUAUCGUUGCUGUAAAAAAUGCAGAAGAUUUGGGAACUGCAGAUUCUAUCAGACUUAUUCACGAAAAAAUUCACACAGAUUUUUUGGUCAUAUCUUGUGACUUAAUUACAGAUGUGGACAUAUGUGAAAUUUUGAAUCUUUAUAGAAAACAUAAUGCUAGUAUCACAGCAUUAAUGUUGCCUGUUCCUAAAAUACCAGAUGACUUUGUAACACCAGGCCCAAAAAACAAACAGAAGCCUGAAACUGAUUUGAUUGGCAUUUGCAAUGAGACUGGCCGAUUAAUUUUCUUGGCUUCAGCCUCAGACUUUGAGGAAACAAUAAAAAUUUCACAAACAUUCCUUCAGAAACAUCCAAGUUUUACUAUGCAUUCGAAAUUAAUGGAUUCUCAUUUGUAUGUCAUUAAUAAAUGGGUUUUAAAUUUCCUGGUACAGAAUAAAAAUUUUACUACACUGAAAGGUGAACUUCUUCCAUAUAUUGUUAGGAAACAAUUUUCAAAACCUUUCAAACAAUGUACAGAUGAUAAAAAUGCUUCUGUAGUACAAAUGAAUUUAAAGGAUGAUAUCUAUCAUUUCGCGGUUGAGAAACCACUCUACGAAUUAAUCAGAAAAAUGUCAGCAUACAAUGAUCAUGGCACUGAUUUAGAAGAUGCUUACCAUGGGGAUAUAAUACGAUGUUAUGCUCAUAUUGGUAAUGGGAAAUUUGGUUUGAGGACAAAUACUAUACAAAUGUACCACCUUGCUAAUACAAAGAUAUCAGAAUGGUGGAAUAACAAUAAUGAUGGACAAUCUCCUGUACCAAUUAUUGCUCCUACAGCAACGAUACGUAGCACACAAAUGCAAGAUUGUUAUGUGGACAAUAAUGCUCUUAUCGAAGAAAAAACAUCUCUUAAACACACUCAUAUUGGGCCAAAUGUAACCAUUGAAUCAAAGACUAGAAUAUCACAGAGCGUUUUAAUGGAAUCUGCAAAUGUCAAACAACGAUGCGUAAUACAGAAUUGCAUAUUAGGUAGUGGUUGUGUUAUUGAAGAGGGUAGUGAAUUGAAGGACUGUAUAGUUGGUUACAAACAUGUUGUACCAUCUGGAAGUCAAUAUUCUCGUGACGUUCUUACUGAUGCAAAUGACCUGAUAGUAAUUUAAUUAUUCGCAAAUAUAUUAAAUACAAUAGUCAUUUAAAUAAUAAAUAUAUUUGUCUUUAUAAAA